AUGGAAGGGGAGCCUGACCUUCCAGACCCGGCGGCGGCGGCAAAAUUUACCAGGCUAAAUCUGAGCCAUCCGAUCAACAUCAACCCGGAUUCCAUCUAUCUCAGCCGUACGUUCAACACCACCUCCACCUGCACUUCAACGACGUCGUCUUCCUCCUCUUCCCCUCCGGACUUGGUCCGGCAUGUUCAAGCUGCCUUCAAACGCCACCGCCCUCUCGGUACAUUGCAGUCAAACAGUAUUAGGCCUAGGAGAUUAGCGGUUCCUCAACGAGGAACAUCAAAAGAAUCAAAUUUAAACCCUCAUCCAACAUAUGAUGCCAAGAAAAGCAACGAAGAAAUAUUAUUGAAUCACAGGUUGAUGAACAGCACAUCGCAGUCCAAGAAAGUGGUCUCCUUUGCUGUAGAUGUUCAAGAGGACGCAUCAAUCUCCCCAUCUUCUGAAUGGAGUUCCACCAUACAAGAAGGGAACUUUAAGCCAUGCAAUGAUCAUGGAGAUCAACCCCAACUCUUUUCUGGAUCAAGAAGCAACAAUACAGUUGCUUCUUUAAUGGUCGUUGAACCUGAGCAUGUUCCGUCGUCUGAAGUACAAAAGAAGGUCCAUUUUGCCUCAGAAAACUAUGCCAGAACUCAAGAAACAAACUGGGAUGUGAGCAACAGAAUAGAUCCUUUAGCAGCUGUCAAUCAGGAUUUGCAGCAUCAUAAUUUUGAGAGUAUGGAAAAGGAAAAUAGUUUGAGGUCUGAGGGUGGGAUUUCUUCGUUAAUGGGUAGAGGAACUAUGACUAGUCAGGAUCAGCUGCACCACCAAUUCACAAACUUUUUGCAAAAUGACUUGGGUCAUGCCAUGACUCAGUCCUCAGUUGUUGGGUCAACUUGCUUUACGUCAACAUUAAUAAACUCAACUUCAGCUCCUAAGAUUAGUUCAACAACCUAUUGUUCUCAACCUCAUCAAAUGAUCGGGUCUAGUUUGCAAAUGGAUCCCUCAGGAGAAGCUGAAGCUAAACGAGAUGUGGUGCAGCCAGCAUAUCCUUCAUCCAACUAUGCAAGUGGACUGUCAACUCAUCCGUCAUCUAGCACUGCGCCACCUGUCAGCUCCAUCGUUGUAGUGCCAAUGGAAAUCGGCAAUUCUUCUGCCCUGUCUAAUGAGCAACCAAGCAAUUUUCCAAAGAAAUGUAACACUUCUAGAGAUUCUUCCCUACAUGAAGAUAACAACUCAGCCAAAGGGAAUGAUAUUGAUAUAAAAUCUCAGCCUCCAUCAUCAAAAGUACAAUCAAUGGAUGCGAAGUUGGUAAAUUCUAAGUCAGACAAGCAAGAAAGAGGUGCAAUUGGCAAACCGACAUCAACAUCUCGUAAAAAGGGUUAUGAUCCUGAUUUGUUCUUCAAAGUCAAUGGAAAACUCUAUCAAAGGCUUGGAAAGAUAGGUAGUGGAGGAAGUAGUGAGGUUCACAAAGUAAUUUCCUCAGAUUGCAAAAUUUAUGCCUUGAAGAAGAUCAAACUUAAAGGCCGUGAUUAUGCCACAGCGUAUGGCUUUUGUCAAGAAAUUGAAUAUCUUAACCGGCUGAAGGGGAUGAACAACAUUAUUCAGCUUAUUGAUUAUGAGGUGACAGAUAAGACUUUGCUUCAGGAAGUCGUGAAUGGUUUUAUGAGUAAUAAAGAUGCGAGGGUCAAGGAUGAUGGAUAUAUAUACAUGGUCCUUGAAUAUGGUGAAAUUGAUUUGGCUCACAUGCUGUCCCAAAAAUGGAAGGAACUGGAUAGCUCUGAUUCAAUGAUAGAUGAGAACUGGCUCCGAUAUUACUGGCAGCAAAUUCUUCUGGCUGUAAACACUAUACACGAGGAACGCAUAGUGCAUUCAGAUUUAAAACCAGCCAAUUUUCUUUUAGUAAGAGGUUCACUGAAGCUAAUUGAUUUUGGUAUUGCCAAGGCUAUAAUGAGCGACACAACAAACAUUCAACGGGAUUCACAGGUUGGCACGCUAAGUUACAUGUCUCCUGAAGCAUUUAUGUGUAAUGAGACUGAUGCAAAUGGAAAUACGAUAAAAUGUGGUCGUCCAUCUGAUAUCUGGUCGCUUGGUUGCAUCCUUUACCAAAUGGUUUAUGGAAGAACACCUUUCUCUGAAUACAAAACAUUUUGGGCGAAAUUCAAAGUCAUAACUGAUCCAAAUCAUGAAAUCGCAUAUGAACCUAUGUCCAAUCCAUGGCUAUUGGAUCUCAUGAAGAAAUGUCUGGCUUGGGACAGGAAUGAAAGAUGGAGGAUUCCUCAACUGCUUCAGCAUCCAUUUCUUGUUCCUCCGGUUCCACCUCAAUUUCCUGCCCCUCCCGAUGAAAGCUGUAAAUUGCUUCGAUUGGUUGCCGAAUCAAAUGUUGAUGAUCAGAAGGUUUUGAUGCUAUGCACUCAGCUCGAGAAUAUGUUAGUGAACCCGAGAUCGUUAAUUCCAUCGCAGGAAACGAUAUCCCCAGACUUGCAACACAAGUUACUUAAUAAAAUGUCAACCCUUUGCUUUCAGCUCCAAGAACAGUUAGCAAAUGUGGAAAGAGAUGCAAAGAUCUGA